AUGAGAGUCAAGCAAGACCUCCCGAGAACAUUCGGCGAAACCUUCUUUCACCAUGAAGUCGACCACACAUUUGCGAUGGCACGCACACGGCUUCUUUCGUACCCCCUCUCCCACCUCCACAUGUUUAAGGAGUCCCUUCCUCCACCGCUGACCCCUUUCAUCAUCGCCUUCGAAUCCCUCCGCAAGCGCCUCUACCUCGGAUACACCUCUCGCAAUCGGGAUGGCACCCGAGCCGACAUUGCUAGCUACCCAUCUAUCAUCGGCGAGACCUUUGGCAAGUUCUUUGCCACUGUUGAGAAGACUCGACAAAGGUGGCAAUCGGUGGAGCUGAUAGUUGAGCGCGAGGAUCGCGGACUUCAAAAGUCCAGCGCAAAAAGCGAGACUGGUGAAACCGUGGCGCCUAUCCUGCGCAACGCUUAUCAUGAGCGAGUCUCGAGGAAGCGGAAGAAUGAAAUGACCGAUGACGCACAGCAGCGCCCUCGAAGGGCUCGUAGAAUUGGGGGUCCAGGAUCCCAGGGUUGA